CCGAGGUCCACCGAUAGUGAUCCAUGGCUGGAUCUACGUGGGACGUCACGAGCCAUAAUCAUGCCAGGCUCGAAGCGGAAUGUCCGUGGGAUCGGGAGGGCGGGCACCCUUUAAACGGGCAACGGCCGCAUCAGUACCCGUUACGGACAAAUCCACGAAAACGCGAUCCAAGUCGGAAUCAAGGCCGGCGUCCGGCGCUGGAAGAAAAAGGGACGCGAUCACGUCGCUUUUCAGCCCGAAAAGGCCAGCGAACAGGAAAGUCGAGCGAGCCGCCGGCGGCGGCGGUGGUCGCGAGUCGCAGCCGGAGGAACAACAGCUAAAAGGACAACCGAACCAAUCGCCGCAGCAGCAGCAACCGCCGACGCAGCAGCAGCAGCAACAACAACAGCCGCCGCAGCAGCAGCAACAGAUACCGCUGCGUCAGGCGGCCAGCGCCUCCUCGCUCGAGGCGAAAAACGAGAACCCCUCUGUGGGGAACUGGGGCUCCCUCGGUAAGGAAGGAGGCGGCAAGGCCAACGCUAAGGGGAACUACAACUCGAAGGGACCCGCGAAGGGUUCCAGGAUGCAGGAGCUUGAACGUGAAAUCGAAGUGUUACGCAAGGAACGUGCCCGGCUCGAGACGAAUCUACGGGAGGCGUCCUGCGACGCUCAGAAUCUUCAUGAUUUACGGACCGAACUCGCCUCGCUCAAGGAACAGCACAGUUUGGAGUUAGAGCACCUGAGUGAAGAGAAUGAAACUCUCCGUGCAAGACUCAGAGAUGUAGCUCAUUCUCCAUUGUCAGAUUCUGAGAAGCAACAACUGCUUCUGGACGCAUCUAGACUACACAAUUCAGCGCCUGCAUCCAUAGCCAUUCCCCAAGAUGAAGCUUCUACCCCAAUCACACCGAUGCCUCCGGACAGUGCUCAAUGCACCACCCCAGAUUGGGACAAACAUUCUUCCAGUUCUGUAUCAGAAGUUUCUGUUGCAUGCCUGCAGGACAGAAUAUUGCAAAUGGAAGAAACGCAUUAUUCGACGAACGAGGAGUUACAGGCGACGAUACAAGAAUUAAGCGAUCUACAAGCACAGCUUACAGAACUACAAGCUGACAACGAGAGGUUAACGGAGGAGAAAGAUGUGCUUCUAGAAUCAUUGUGCAGGCAAACAGAAAAGCUGGAAGAUUCACGGUCAAAGGUUGAUACAUUGCAAGGACUACUUUUGAGGGAGGAACAGCCUCAGGAGUCUACUAAAGGGUAUAACACUGAGAGGGAACAAAAGCUAGUAGACCUUUUAAAAAGUGCUCAAGAGGAACGCGAAUCUCUUCUGCAGAAGCAAGAAGAAUUGACGUCAGAAUUGAAGGUUCUUCGAGCUGCCGCGGAAGUCAGUGCGGUGGAAACGGAACGUUUGACAAAGUGUGUUCACUUGUUGGAAUCGACCGUAGAGAUAGCGAAUAAUGAACGAAAACAGCUGGACAUGGAGUUGGCAGAAGCUAGGCAGGAAGGAGCAAACCGAAGCAUAGAGAUUAGCAGGCUAGCCACGUUGUUGGAUAAUGCUCGAGCGAAGAUCGAAGAGUUGGAGCAGUCACGACAGGUGGAGAACAAAAGCGAAGCUGACGAACUUUUGGACGCCGCCAGGAGGGAGAAAGACACAUUGGAAACGCAAGCAGCAGCUCUGCAAGAGCAGCUGGCGCGCUCGCAUUGCGAUCACGAUCGCCUUCGGGAUCAAUAUUCGCAGCUUCAAGAAGAAUAUAAAGUAGCACGCAAUAACGCAAAGUCAGCCAUCGACGACUUAGAGUACAGACUGAAUCAGCUGAAGGACGAACGGUUGUCCGUGAGCACGGAACUACAGCUCGUUAGGGAUUCCUUGGCCGAGUUGCAGGCACAGUGUCAGAGGCAUCUGGAAGAUAAAAGAGAACUGAAAGCUGCCCUAAACGAGGCGCAAGAGGAGGUCGUUGAAUGGGAACAGUUUCAAACGGACCUGCUGAUGACCGUACGUGUCGCGAACGAUUUUAAAACGGAAGCUCAGAGUGAAUUGGAACGCGUUGUGAUGGAGAACAAGGCACAACGAGACAAACUCCGAGCACUGGAGGCGCAGCUAGACAAGCUCAAUAAAGGUAACGCUACAGUGUCCCAAUGUAAGACACACGGUAAUACGACCGGAGGUAGUCGCAAGCCUGCGAGUAAUAUAUUGAAACGUGGGCGUACUAUCGUAAAGAGGCGGCACGAGUCGAAAAAAGGCGGUUUCAGGGGUAAUUUUUUAAGAACAUUGAACGAUCCAGAGCCGUGCAAGAUUGAGAACUCGAAUCUCGAACAGCCCAACGAUUCGGUCGUCUCUGAAAAGUCGAAUAAAACGCUUCCAGGAUCAGAUGAUCGUAAUGAACUGUCCUGUUCUAAGGAACCUAUUAAAUUGGACGACAAAUUGAUUUCUGGCAGAGAGAUCGAGUUCUGUCCAGCAUUUGAUAAGGAUUCAUUCCACUCACUUACGAAUAACAUGUCAGAGAUGUCGAUUAACGAUAUAUCGGAAGAUCCCUAUAGUUUGCAAAAACGUUUUUCGGCGGAGUUCGGACACACUAAUGAAAAUAGGGGGUCCAACGAAUCGUUGAAGCAUUUAGAGGAACAUACGAAGUUAAAAAUUCCGAAUGUAGCCUCUGUCGAGGAUAGUGUAGCUGCAAAAUCAUCAUUGUUGAAAGAUAUAAAAGGUAUACAAAAUAUGGGAACCGAUUCCUACGGCAUCAGUAUCUCGAACAGCAAGUUUUACGUUCCUAAGAAUUACGUUUUCUCCGGCGUGGAGAACGCAAUGGACGAUUUGAAAUUCGAAGUAGAUCCGGGGAUGAGAAAAGUCCUGCAGGAAUGUACUCAAGCGAACAAUAAUAAUAAUAAUAUCACACAAGAAUCUCAUACUUUAAACACAUCUGCGUUGAAAAGGGACAAAGAAAACUUGUCCAAAGAAUUGGAUGCAACUACGAAACCAGAGGAGGAGUGCAAUAAUGAUUAUUUUCUGAAUAAGAAACGCAGAUUAUUCCUGAAGAAGAACGAGUCGAAAUCUGGCAGCGAGAUCGUCGACUCUCUGUUAGAUCCUACCGAGAAAAAGAAUAUUUCCAGUGCUACUCUGCGAGGUAAGAGUUACUCCAGCUCUCUGGAGAGAAUUGAUACUCAGGGCAGAACGAGAAGCAAAGAGGAACCGAUUAAUGAUCAUAUCGAAAUCAGUGCCAUACGCUACAGGGACAGAACUGAACAAACGUAUUUGAGGCCACAGAGUGUGCCAGUUGAAUCUUACCUGUACAGAAAGUCAGAAGACUUAAAUUCGGAUUCCUUGAAUCUGAGAAACACAAACACAGGAAAUUCUAGAAAAGAGACGUAUGAAAAGUCUGCAACACGAUGUCCAAUUCUAUCUUCCCUGGAGAAUCUUCCUCGAUCCCCCGCGCUCGAUGCUUCAACGGCGCCAAAAGAGAGCAUGAAUUCGUAUACGAAGGAUAUUGUACGAGGAUCAACAGCUCCGUCGAAUUUAUCCGUGACAAAGCAAAGCAGCGAAGUCUCGAAACUCGAGGAUGAAUCACAGGAAACUACGAAGAAGGGCUUGAGUCUUUGCGAGGCAAACCGAUUGAAGCGUAUGCAAUUUUUAAAUACCAAUCUGUGCCAUUCCGAAUCGGCCACGGAAGAACGGUACAAUAGUUCUGUUACGGAACAAAAAUCGUCGCAUAAAAACGCGACCACAUACCCGAAAACCGGUCAGAGCAAUUCUGCGUUUACCUACAAGGAUAAGUCGCUGGUAGGGAGGACGUCGUCUUUAAGAGAAAAAUUUGAGACGAUCAUUGAAGACGUGGAACUGAGACCAGGCCGGCAAAUAGCUAACCAAAAGGUGAUACAACAACCACCUCAGAGGCCUGCGAGUACACCAACUGAUACUCAACAGUGCGUACUGACCAGUGUGCAACAGGAAAUCGCGGCUCGUCGUAAAGCUAAUAUUACUCGGCAAGAUUCGAGGCUGUCUGUGAAGUGUUUGAUAGAGAGCAUUGAAAAUGCCACUAAACAGGCGAAAGCAGGGCCGGGAAGUCGCAGCAGUUCCACGUCCUCCCUUAAUUCCAUCGGAACGAACGAUAUAAUGACAUUAAAGGCUCCGCUUAGGGAUCAGCAGCAGAUCAAUAACUUAAUCUGCACGGCAAACUCGACGAAUAAUAAUAAAACACAGGCGGCAAUAACGAGAAAGCCGUUGUCAGAGACAAAGUCAACACCUGUGGUGUUAAGCCCUGGUGAGCUGCUGGACUCGGCCGCUUUGAAUGCCAAGGCGAUCGACUUUGUGCGUCGCAACAGCGUGACAGACUUGUCGGAGCGCAAAGACCCACUUUGCGGCCUGAUUAAGAACGGAGGCUCGAAACGAAACGCUUUGCUCAAAUGGUGUCAGAAUAAAACGUUAGGCUACCGGAAUAUCGAUAUCACGAAUUUCAGUAGCUCGUGGAACGACGGCCUGGCGUUGUGCGCCAUCCUUCAUUCUUACCUACCGAACAAGGUACCCUACGAUACGUUGACGCCGGUAGAGAAACGACGAAACUUUUCCAUCGCUUUCUCUGCCGCCGAGAGCGUCGGAAUACCCACCACCUUGAAUAUAGGUGAAAUGUGUCAAUUGGAGCGACCUGACUGGCAACAAGUCAUGACAUAUGUAACCAGUAUUUACAAACACUUUGAAACGUAAUUUCCGAUGGUGUCGGUGUACCGUAUCACCGAGGCAGGUCCUCUUCUCUCCAUUCAAUGAGAACAACAUCAUCUAGUCAACCAAAAAAAAAAGAAAAACAAAUUUCUAUAGGGCGAAAUUUCGCAAGGACUUUUUUUAAAUGGAUUUCCCAAGGAUCGCUGGAUCAGUACUGCCUAUACGUCUGAUCUAUUGUGCACGAUUGCGAGUGAAUUCGUAACAGAGAGAACUCAAUGGAAGACUAUAAAACACCAAAUGGAAUUGCUUUCUUUCUUUUACUAUGAGACUGAACACGUUUAUAUACACACGCAUAUAUAUAUAUACAUAGUAAGAACGAGGACAAAGAAUUUAGAGACAGGGAUUUCUUUGUUUUUUCUUUUAGAAACCGCCAUUGGCGGCGGAUAAAGAGAAAAUAAACGAGUAUAAGCUUUACCGGAGUCUUCUGCGCGUGAAAAAUGUGUGUAUGCUUCAGUGCCUCCUUGGCGAAGCCAACAAUAUUAAUUACUACUCUGUGUGCAAGAGAAUUUUUAUACGCCGUGGUCUUGCAUUCUUUGUAACGAAAACCGAGAGAGUGUGUCGAAUGUUUCCGUUCCUCGUACCGUGAGUAUUUUUGUACUUGUAUUAUUUUUCGAGAAACUUUUUUGUAAAGUUUACAAACGAAUUGUACAGAACGAAGCGCCUUAAUUUAAACGACCUAAUUUAUUGUAUUAGUCAGGUUUAGUAGACUACGAAGCCGGAGCAGCAAAUUCUAUUAGAGAGCGACGUGUUUUAAGUUCUACUCUUUCUUGAGAUGGUAAGGAACGAACGAAUAAGGAUUAAGUUCUCUGUGAUAUAGCGAGAUAGCCCCAGAACAGAGAUAAAAAGUUAUCGUUAUUGCUCUUAUUAUUAUUAUUACGAUUAUUACUAUAAUUAUUACUACUACUAUUAAUA